AACGCCUGGGUUUGCAGUUAAUAACUGAUUACAAAAUCUCCUCUAGUUUCUACAUGUCAGAAGUUACAUGUAAAUAAAACUGCGGGUCCAUGACGUGGCCUGCGUUCGUUCUCUCGCCUUUAGCCGUUUCCUCAUCAUCAACCCUUUUGUGGGCGCUCACGGCCGCUCGGAGGCGAUCCAGGAACUGCCGCGGACUCGGGGAGUGGAUGGAGAGGCUGCGUCGUGCGGUGAAUGAGAAGGAGGCGUUCAGCGAUAAGAGAACAGCCCCACAGGGAACACGGGCGCGUCGUGUCCACUCCACUGCACCACCUUCCAGCCAUGGUCGCCUUCUCCCACCGGGUGCUGUCACUGCUCCUCCUGUUGUCGUCAACAUCGGAAGUUUUCGGCUCCAAUAUCUGCACGUCGCAGGGAGUCACCACUUGUAAGCAGUGCCUGUCGGUCCAUCCCAGCUGUGCGUGGUGCUUUCAGGAGGAAUUCGGGAAGGGGGGAUCCAGUUUGUCCCGCUGUGACCUGCUGCAGAAUCUGCUGAGUGAAGGAUGCAGAAAGGACUCCGUGGAGUUUCCCACCAGCAGCCUCACCAUUAAUAAGAACGUCCCACUCAGCGACAAGGGCUCCGGCGCAUCCGGUGAUGUCACGCAGAUCAAGCCUCAGAAGAUUCAAAUGACCCUGAGACCAGGCGACUCCCAGCGUUUCACCGUGACGGUGAAGCAGGUGGAGGACUACCCCGUGGACCUCUACUACCUGAUGGACCUGUCGUAUUCCAUGAAGGACGACUUGGCUCGCCUCUACACCCUGGGGAACAGCCUCGCCGCCGCCAUGGGCCGCACCACCAGCAACCUCCGCAUGGGGUUCGGAGCCUUUGUGGACAAGACCACAUCUCCCUACAUGUACAUGUACCCUCCUGAGGCCAUCCAGAACCCCUGCUAUGGCAUUCAGGAGACAUGCCAGGCUCAGUUUGGAUUCAAGAACGUGCUGUCGCUGACGGACAUGGUGUCACGCUUCACCGAGGAGGUGGGGAAACAGCGCAUUUCUAGGAAUAGAGAUGCUCCAGAGGGCGGAUUUGAUGCUAUCAUGCAAGCUGUUGUGUGCAAGGAUCAAAUUGGCUGGCGUCCGGAUGCUUCGCACCUCCUCGUGUUCACUACCGAUGCCACAACUCACACCGCUCUGGAUGCACGAUUAGCGGGAAUUGUCCAACCCAAUGAUGGACAGUGUUACCUGGACAGUGACAACCUGUACAACAGAUCUACAAUCAUGGACUACCCUUCUCUGGGAAUUUUAAGUGAGAAAAUAUCUGAAAAUAACAUCAAUCUGGUUUUCGCUGUGACCAGCUAUGUGGUGCCACUGUACAAGGAGUACAGUCAGCUCAUUCCAGGAACAACUGUAGGAACGCUGUCCGGUGACUCUGGGAAUGUCAUUCAGCUCAUUGAGGACGCAUAUGCGAAGAUUCGCUCUAAAGUGGAGCUGGAGCUGCUGGGGGUCCCGGAGGAGGUGAACCUCCUGUUCAAUGCCAGUUGCCUGAACGGUGAGCUCGUCCAGGGAGUCAAGUCCUGCUCCGGCCUCAAGAUCGGCGACACCGUGUCGUUCAGCGUGGAGGCCCAGCUGCGUGGCUGCCCUAAGGAAAAGAGCCGCACGUUCACCGUCAAGCCCAUCGGCUUCAAAGACUCCCUGGAGGUCACGGUGGACUUCGCCUGCGACUGCCGGUGCGCGGAGGACGCGCGGCCCGACAGCCCCGUGUGCAGCCGGGGCAACGGGAGCUACGAGUGCGGCGUGUGCCAGUGCCACGCGGGCCGGCUGGGCCCGCGGUGCGAGUGCUCGGUGGAGGACUACAGCCCGUCGGACGACGCCAACUGCGUGCCCAAGGCGGGCGGCGCCGCCUGCGGCGGGAGGGGCGACUGCCUGUGCGGCCAGUGCGCGUGCCACGCCAACGAGUUCGGCCAGGUGUGGGGCAAGUACUGCGAGUGCGACGACUUCAACUGCCUGCGCUCCAAAGGGGCGCUUUGCUCGGACAAUGGAAAGUGUAGCUGCGGCAUCUGCCAGUGCGACGCCGGCUGGAAAGGCGAGAGCUGCAACUGCAGCACGCGCACGGACGCCUGCAUGUCCAGCAUCGGCCUGCUGUGCAGCGGGCGAGGCACCUGCCAGUGCGGGGUGUGUCAGUGCACACAGCCCGGAGCCUACGGAGCCACCUGCCAGAAGUGUCCCACCUGCCCCGACUCCUGCACCAUGAAAAGGGAUUGCAUUGAGUGUCAGCACUUUCAGAGAGGACAGUACACCAAAGACGGCAGCUGCAGCAGGAUCUGCAAAGAUGACAUCAGAGAGGUGGAGAAACUGGGUGUCAAUGAAAACAAUGCGGUAAAUUGUUCAUACAAGGACGAGAACGACUGCGUGGUGCGUUUCCAGUAUUAUGAAGAUGAGAGCGGCAAAUCCAUUCUGCUGUUGGUGAAAGUUCUAGAGUGCCCUGAGGGUCCGGACAUCUUAGUGGUGACGAUGGCGGUGGUCGGGGCCAUUCUGCUGCUGGGCCUCGUCGGACUGCUCAUUUGGAAGUUGCUGGUGACUAUUCACGAUCGCAGAGAGUACAAAAGGUUCGAGGAGGAGAGAACCAAAGCCAAAUGGGAUACGGGAAACAACCCUUUGUAUAAAGGAGCCACUUCCACCUUCACUAAUGUAACAUAUAAAGGCAACUAACUGAGCUGAAACAGGGCGUGAAGACCUCAGGGCUUAGAGACAGAGAUGGAAUGUAAUAGCAGAGGAACGAGGGGAAUAUGAUCAUUUGCUCAUGUGCAGUGGUGGGAGAAGUAUUAUGUAUUAAGUAAAAACAGAAAUACUGCAAGGUAGGACCACUCUCUACUGUCCUGCAUUGGGAAUCUUACUUUAAUUUGAAUUAUUGUACUUUUGAAAUUGACACUGGAAAUAAUAAAGUCUAUUGUUAUAGAUAUAAACAAUUUUAUUCCAUUAAUCUUAAUCCCAUUUGUACUUAUAUUUUUAAAUACUCAAACAAAGUAGAAUACCAUAACAUUUUAUUUGAGUAAAUGUACUGUAUACUUCCACCAGUCAUGUGACCAGCUACUGUAGCUGUUUAGGUAUUGCUGUCAACAUGAACUGUACAUAUUGUAAAAAUAGUUACGUAACUGUGGGUUGGCUGCAAAUGAGCAUUACUGUUCGUCUGUUUUAUCUAACUAUGCUGUCCAUGCGUUCAGAACUUAAAUUGAUUAUAUUUUAUUAGAAGGUUGUGGGUUUUUUCAUCUUUAAUCACAUAGAAAAAUGUACUUACAUAAAAUGAGUCGCCAUAGAAGUGAAUAAAACUAUGUACAACUUUCCCAGCCCUUUUUAAUGGUAAUGUGUAUAUAUUGUUUGUUAAAGAUGGAAAAUUAUCAAUGUAUAUUGUAUAUAAAAUAAAUACCUAGAUAGACAUAAAAUAAGCAGGCCUUUUAAGAUCCUUUUUCUAAUAAUUUCAAAGAAAGCAUUCAGUGAAAAACCUGCUGACUUGGUUUACUGUGCGGCUGUGACCUACAUGUAUGAUAGUAGAAAUGUUUACUUCAUGAUUGGUAUAUGGUGAGUUCCUUUUUUUGAGUUUGAGUUUCAGUUCUGUACCAAAAAACAGUGAAAUGUGGCAUAACUGCUGAUUUUAUUCGAUGUGAUUUUUUUUCCACUAAUGUUAGUUGUGUAUAUGGGCAGAUUUUAUUAAAUGUUAGGAGUCAUAUUGUUCUGUAACUGUAAUUGCAGCCUUUAUGUGGGAGAUAAUAUUGUGUGUAUUUUACUAGUACAGCUAGGGGGCCAAGGCCUAAGUCAUGGAAUAGUUUACUCAUUGCUUACUGUUUUGUAAUUGUAAGCAUAAUUAUCAAAUAAAAGUUUCAUUUGUUUUAUAGUGUUUACACGAGAAAAAAGUC